CAUUAUAAUAAUAGUAAUUAUUAAUAUUAAUCUAAACAGUAAUAAUGGAUUCGUUUUCUUGGCUAUAAAUCUCCAAAUCCAACUACUGUUUAGGGUUUCCGUGUUCUUCCAUUUCCCAAUUCUCUCAAUUAAUCCAAUCUUCAAACCAUUAUUGGUAACGUUGUUGAAAGAAAUUGUGAGCCACGAGCUGAAAUGAAAUGACUUGAUUUGAUUUGAUUUGAUUUGAUUACCUGUUGGCCGUUGAUCUUGAUCUUUUCCAAUCUGUUAUGUAUGUGUGUUUGUGAGAGAAAGAGAUUUUGGGAUUUGUUUUGUUAUGGAUUCAGAAACUGAAUUUUCUGUUGAGAAAGAUCAUGAUCAUCAUCAUAAUAGUAAUGAUAAUGAGGUUAGGAAUAAUGGGAAUGGGUCUUGUGCUGACCAGACCCAAAAUUUGGUUAAGACUGGAGAAACAAACCCAUCAGGAUUGGAAUCCAAAUCCCCUCCUUCAACCCGAAUAGGCGUUGGAUUGAAGAAAUGGAAGAGAAUUAGGAGGAGAGAUGGGGUGAAGGAUAGUCCUUCUUCCCCUACAGUUGAUUCAAGUAAAAUGUUGAAGAGGUUAUUGACUGAGAAUGACCACUCAAGUAAACAUCAGCAGAAUGUCAACUCAAGUAAACAUCAGCACGAGAUGAAGGCGAGUAGUGAAGGUUCUGUUGGAUCUGUAAAUGUGUUAAAGAAUUCUGGGGCUGGGGCUGUUGAUGGAUUUGCGUUUCGUAGCUUGGAUUUGGAUUCUAGGAAUGCGGUUGGGUCUUGUUUUGUAGCUGGUACGGAUUCGGAGAAUAGUGAAGAUCGUAGUAGCAAGUCUUCCACAGCUGCUAGUGCUCCUAAGGCUAAGUUUGACCAGCCUGCGGUAUUGGGACAGGGAAGAGAGAAGAAUAAGGUGAAGGGGGGUAUGAGUGGUAAGACUUCCGGUAAUUCAUCUCAAAGGAUUCCUCAAGUUGGUAAGGCUAAGAUUGAGAUCAGUAAAAAGGCUAGAGGAGAAAGGGUCAGAUUUGAGAAGGAAAAUUCUCAUUCCAGCAUUGAAUCAGAUUCUAGAAGCUCCAACUUUUUCUUUACACAGGGUUCAAAUGUGAGUAGUAAUGGAAAACAGAUUGGAAGGUCAGUGAGUUAUGACGGGGAAAAUAGCGAAGAUGCUCAUGCAAACGAACAACGAUUCGGUGAAGAUGUUCAAACUAGUUUUAGCAAGAAGAAUGUGGGGGAAGUUGAAGAUUUGCAAGAUGAUUCGGUUGCAGAAAAUUCUUGGAGGGCUAAGGAUGGAAAAAGUGGGAACAACAUGUUCUCAACAGGCCGGGAUCCACUAGUUCAAUCCAUGCUUAGUCUGCAGUCUGUACAAGAAGCACUUGAAAAAGAAGUUCAGAAAUUAGCAGAGAUUAGGAAGGAGCCUAUAUUGGCUGCUAGUUCGAUGGAGGGUGGUUCCGACUUUGCUAGUACAGGAAUUCAAGAACCUUACCUAUCUAGCCAGUUAACUUCUGAAAAACCUACACAAUUGGAUGUUGAUUCCUUGCAGGCGAAGGUUUUGAGCCUGGAGCAGAAUGUGAAAAUUCUGGAAAGCAAACUGGAUGAGUCCAAGAAUUUACUUGUAUCGAAAGAAAUCAAGGUAGCCGAACUCAAAGCCACCAUUAACAGCACCGAGUUUCUGAAGGAUGAAUCAGGUAGCACAACAGAUUUACAGGAGAAAAGGCAUAGACAGAUAGAAGAAGAGAUGGAGGGCAUGUUUAAGCAAAGGAUUGAAGCUGAAAUCGAGUUUUUGACGAUUUCAAUGGCAACACAGAAUUUAAAGGUGGUUGCAGAAAAGCAAACAACACUCUUUGAAGAACAGAAAAGCAUUGCAGAGGAACAAGCCCAGAUGCUAAACAAGCUCGGAAAUGCUGAAAUAAAAGCUGCAAAGCUAGAGAAACAAGCACACGAAUUAGAAAACCAUUGUGGUGAUAUUUUAGAGAUCGAAGAGGUUUCAGUUACUCGGAGGAAAGUAUAUAAGGUUACAUGGUGUGUUUGUACACAAUUAAUAUUGCUCGUUUUAGUUCUUUGGCAGUUUGUUUUGGAGUUAGCGCCUCCUCCCGAGGCGGUUGUGCCCACCUAAGUUUGAAAAUAGUAGGGAGGCUUAAAUUUUUGUUUUGUUGUGUUUAUUUAUGUUUCCAACAUUUGUGGAUGGGGGUAAUAUUUGGACUUGUUGAUGUGGGUAGAUUUGUAGUAGUAAAGUUUUGUUGAAAAUGUUGUUUUUGUAAUUCAUUUUUGUUGUUGUUA